GGCCUAGCGCGCGGGAGAAGCCGCCAGGCCGCAGCCCACCGGCCCCGGGCUCCGGAGAGGUGCAGCCCCCGGCCCCCAAGCCCUCCCGGGGGCGCCAGGAAGCCACCUUGGGCCUGUCCUCAGGAAAACGUGGUCUCAGCUGGGGGGCGGGGGGGGGACUUCGAGCAGGCCUCAGUCCCUCUCCCUGACCCGAGGAGAGGCCCGGAGCCUCACCCUCACCCCGUCUUUGUGCAGGGCGCCGGCGGCCAUUGUGUCCGUGCGGGGAAUGGAGGACCCGGCAAUCCCCCACCGCCGCCGCCACGUCCAGGGCCUUUGGGGAAUUCAAAGAAAAUCAGCGGUGUUUCUGGGGGGUCCCCGGCCGUCAGCCUCCCGGAAAGGCCCGGGGAUGGCCUUUCCGAAGUCAGACCGCAGAUCCGAGGCAGUUUCCCCCUCCUUCUGUCCCUUCUCGAAACCUUGAACCCCAUUGAGAAGUCCCUUCAGGGUUUCGGAAGCCUUACCCCGGGCUGGUACUUAAAUAGAAACGGCGACAACAACAAAAAACCUAAACCCCACACCAGCCACCUCCGGGAGAGUUCUCCUGGCUCCCAGUAGGAGGCGGAGAGCCAAGGGGCGUGCAAGAGCGAGGGGGCUGGGCUCCCGGGUGGCAGGAGGCCGCUGCCGAGUGGCCGCCCUCGAUCCGGGCGAUGGAGGAGGAAGCGAGCGAGGGGGCCGGUUCCUGAGCUUCGUAAUUCCUGUGUCGCCUUUUGGGCUCCCAGCCUGCGGGGUCGCAUGAUCCCUCCGGCCGGAGCUCCUUUUUUUGCCAGCCGCCGUGAGGCCGGCUGAGUUACCGGCAUCCCGGCUGCCACCUCGUCGCCCGACCUAUGUUACAAAAGAUCUUCCGGGGGUUGCACCUGCCUGCGGUCGCCUGAGAAGGAUUUGAAUCUCUUUCUCUUCCAUCAGAACCUCAUCUUGGCUUUGGAUCCCAGAAGAGAACCACUGAGCAGAGACCAGACUCAGUGAGUGAGCAGGUGUUUUGGACAAUGGACUGGUCGAGCCCAUCCCUAUUAUAAAAAUGUCUCAGAGCAACCGGGAGCUGGUGGUUGACUUUCUCUCCUACAAGCUUUCCCAGAAAGGAUACAGCUGGAGUCAGUUUAGCGAUGUGGAAGAGAACAGAACUGAGGCCCCAGAAGGGACUGAAUCGGAGAUGGAGACCCCCAGUGCCGUCAAUGGCAACCCGUCCUGGCACUUGGCGGACAGCCCUGCGGUGAAUGGAGCCACUGGCCACAGCAGCAGCUUGGACGCCCGGGAGGUGAUCCCCAUGGCAGCGGUGAAGCAAGCGCUGAGGGAGGCCGGGGAUGAGUUUGAACUGAGGUACCGGCGGGCAUUCAGCGACCUGACGUCCCAGCUUCACAUCACCCCAGGGACGGCAUAUCAGAGCUUCGAGCAGGUAGUGAACGAACUCUUCCGGGAUGGGGUGAACUGGGGUCGCAUCGUGGCCUUUUUCUCCUUCGGUGGGGCACUGUGCGUGGAGAGCGUGGACAAAGAGAUGCAGGUACUGGUGAGUCGGAUCGCAACUUGGAUGGCCACUUACCUGAACGACCACCUAGAGCCUUGGAUCCAGGAGAACGGCGGCUGGGACACUUUUGUGGAACUCUACGGGAACAACGCAGCGGCCGAGAGCCGGAAGGGCCAGGAGCGCUUCAACCGCUGGUUCCUGACAGGCAUGACUGUGGCUGGCGUGGUUCUGCUGGGCUCGCUCUUCAGUCGGAAAUGACCAGACACUGACCACCCACUUACCCUCCCACCUCUGCCCUGCCCCCACCACAUCCCUUUAUCCAGCAACCAUUGCCACCAGGAGAACCACUACAUGCAACCUGUGGCCACCUACCCAUCACAGGGUGGGGCCUAGACCUGGUCCCCCGCAAUUAGUUUUCUAGACUCUACCAUGCUUCUGUGAAAGCCGCCUUCCCCACACCUCCGUUCUCCUGGCCUCAGAACCCACAGAGUUUCCCCAAAAUCUGCCCAUGGAAGCUGGCAGGUGUGGGGGUGUAUGCGGUCGGGGGCUGGGGGGCCCUGCCUGAUUGGUGGAACCCACGCCCACCCCACCCCGACCUCAGCCUCCCUGAGAAUGCUUUGCUGCCGGGGAGCUGGAAAGUCUUCUGACCCUUUUCCCCAGGAGAGACUAGAUUGCCUUCGUUUUGAUGUUUGUGGCCUCAGAAUUGAUCAUUCCCUCUCCCUUCCAGGAUCUAGAUCCCCUUCCUAUCAUCCCCACCUUCCCAAGAGCCACUUAGGGGCCACUUUUGACUAAUUAGGGAUUCAAGCUGCUUGGGAUAAAGAAACAAGGACCAGGACCCCCUCCCCGCCUCUGGCCUGGCCAGAGUCCCUGACCCCAAUCCCAGUGUCCUCCAGAGGCCUCUGGCUAGAGGCCAGCCCCACCCAGGAGGGAGGGGGCUGUAGCUGCAGGAAGCACCCCAUGCCAAAGCUAAGGUGGCCCUUGCAGUUUAGCACCACCCUAGUUCCUUUCCCCUUCCCUUCCCCUGGCUCCCAUGACCAUGACUAAGGGACCAACUGGGCCCAAGGCAGGUGCCCCAGAGCUGUUUAUGGCCUCCGCUGCCUCACUUCCUGCGAGAAGAUCAGCCUGGGGCAUCUUUGCUUUGGGCUUCUGCCUACGGAGUCCAGGGGUUCAGGGGCCUUGGCCCAGAGGUGAAGGGGAGCUACAGGGAGCAGCUGUGGGAGCCCUAGAGUCUUCCCUACCUCAGGCAGGAAGGGCAGGAAGGAGACCCUGAUGCACGAGGUGUCGGUGGGGGUGGCUAGAAGGGCCAGUCCUACCUGGUCAACGUAGGUGUGCCCCACCCCCGUUCAGCCUGGGUCGCCAGGCUGCCAAGGUCGGAGUGGCCUGGCCAGGAGUCCUUCAGGCCUCCCUCUUCUCUACUCCACCCAAGGUCUGUCUCAUCCCUGGGGGUCCCGGCCUACCCCUAGCCAUCCCGGGCUCUCUGCUGUACAUAUUCGAGACUAGUUUUUAUUCCUUGUGAAGAUGAUAUACUAUUUUUGUUAAGCGUGUCUGUAUUUAUGUGUGAGGAGCUGCUGGCUUGCUGUGCGCGUGCACGUGGAGAGCUGGUGCCCGGAGACUGAACGGCCUGAUGCUCCCUCCCCCGCCCUGGUCUGGGGAAGCCAGCUGGGGGUCCUGGCUCCUGAGGGGCACUUGUCCCCCCCACCCCCCACUCAGCCCCCACCCCACACUUGUUCCAGCUCUUUGAAAUAGUCUGUGUGAAGGUGAAAGUGCAGUUCAGUAAUAAACUGUGUUGAUUCAGUGA